CAGCUGCAAAGGAGCACAGGGCAAAAAGUCAGAAAAUGUCCGGCGUGGCAUCCACACUCGCCAAGAAGAGAGCCGUGGCGGCUGGCUUUGGAACGAACGCCAAUGCGGUGAAGUACCUGAACCAGAACUUUGAGAGUCUGAGAAGUGAGUGUCUGAGCCGUGGGCAGCUUUUCUGCGACCCAACGUUCCCAGCCGCUCCCGAAUCUCUGGGCUUCAACGAACUCGGUCCACGAUCGCCAAAAACCAGAGGUGUUGUGUGGAAAAGACCCGGGGAACUGACCUCCAAUCCUGAGUUUAUUGUUGGAGGGGCUACAAGAACAGAUAUUUGCCAAGGAGGUUUAGGUGAUUGCUGGCUCUUAGCGGCCAUUGCUUCCUUAACACUCAAUGAAGACGUUUUUGCUCGUGUCGUACCAUCCAACCAGGGCUUUGGGCAAAACUAUGCUGGAAUUUUCCACUUUCAGUUGUGGCAGUUUGGGGAAUGGGUGGAUGUGGUGGUGGACGAUCGAUUGGCCACUCAAGAUGGAGAACUGCUGUUUGUUCAUUCCGCCACAGGCUCUGAGUUCUGGAGCGCCCUGCUGGAGAAGGCCUAUGCUAAAGUGAAUGGAUGUUAUGAAGCACUGUCUGGAGGUUCCACCACAGAAGGUUUUGAGGAUUUCACUGGUGGGAUUGCAGAAAUAUACGAGUUGAAACACGCCCCGUCCAACAUUUUCCAAAUCAUCAGGAAGGCCCUGGAAUCUGGAGCUCUGUUGGGAUGCUCCAUAGAUAUCACCAAUGCAGCAGACUCUGAGGCCAUCACUUAUCAGAAGCUUGUGAAAGGACAUGCCUACUCUCUUACUGGAUUAAUCGAGGUUAAUUACCAAGGCCGAAAGGAGAAGCUGGUCAGAGUUCGUAAUCCUUGGGGUCAGGUGGAAUGGACGGGGGCCUGGAGUGACAACUCUUCUGAGUGGAAUGCUGUCGAUUCGUCUGAACGUGAGAAUGUGAAAGCAGAAGAUGGAGAGUUCUGGAUGUCAUUCUCAGAUUUUGUGAGGCAAUAUUCUCGCAUAGAGAUCUGCACUCUGACCCCAGAUACGCUGACGUCUGACUCUGUCAAUCACUGGAGUGCAUGUAAAUUUGAUGGCACCUGGAGAAGAGGCUCUACGGCUGGUGGAUGCAGGAACAAUCCAUACACCUUCUGGAUGAAUCCUCAGUUUAAGAUCAAAUUGGAGGAGGAAGAUGAUGAUCCUGAUGAUGAUGAAGUGGGCUGCAGUGUUGUGAUUGGCUUGAUCCAAAAGAACCGGCGUAGGCUGAGGAAGUCUGGAGAGGACAUGCACACCAUUGGCUAUGCCAUCUAUGAGGUGCCUCCUCAGUUCCACGGGCAAAAGGACAUUCAUCUGGAUAAGAACUAUUUCCUGACCCAUGCUCAGAAAGCUCGAUCAGAGACCUUUAUCAACCUUAGAGAAGUCAGCACCCGCUUCAAACUUCCUCCUGGAGAAUAUCUCAUCGUCCCAUCCACAUUCGAACCGCACAAGAACGGAGACUUCUGUGUGCGUGUGUUCUCUGAGAAACAGUCUGAGAUGCAACAAUGUGAUGACCCUGUAGAGGCAAACAUAGAAGAUGAGGCAGUGUCUGAAGAUGAGGUUGAUGCUGGCUUUAGGGGACUGUUUACUAAACUUGCAGGAGAUGACAUGGAGAUCUCUGCCACUGAGCUGCGAACAAUUUUCAACAAAAUAGUCGCAAAAAGAACAGAUAUUAAGACAGAUGGUUUCAGUUUGGAAACAUGUAGGGUCAUGGUGAACCUCAUGGAUGAAAGUGGCAAUGGUAAGCUAGGGUUAGCUGAGUUUGCCACUAUUUGGAAGAAAAUUCAAAAGUAUCUGGUCAUUUAUAAGAAGAAUGACAUGGAUGGGUCCGGCUGUAUGAGUACACCAGAGAUGCGAAUGGCUUUAAAGCAAGCAGGAUUCUCUCUGAAUGACUGCAUUCAUCAGAAUCUGGCUGCACGCUAUGGAGACGCAGACAUGAAGAUCGACUUUGAUAACUUUGUGUCCUGUGUGAUGCGCCUGGAGAUGAUGUUCAAGUGUAUGGUCUUCUGA